AUGAUAUGCAUUCUCUUUCUGACCGGUUUCCUUGCGAUUGCUGCACAAAGUGUAGAAGAAACCGGUAAAAUUACGGGAAAUCUGCCGAGCAUACAUAGCUUAAAUUCAUGUCAAUAUCUACAGAAUAUUUCAGAUGUCGAGACACUCGAUCGGCACCAAUACAAUAUUCUCGAGCAAUGCCUAUAUUAUUAUUUGGCUGGUGAAGCACAGCGAAAAGCAGGUCGCUUUGGAGGUAUACGAGCAAUUGUAACACUAUCACCAAAUUCAGAAUCCAAAUCAAUUCCCGUUACGAUAAAUUUUCAUCAAAUUACACUUCAGCACUUUGAACUGAAUGAAUUUACCAAGGAUAUAACCAUCCAAGGAUAUAUGGCUGUUUCAUGGAUUGAUAAAAGACUUUCAUGGAAUGAAAAUGAUUGGAAUUUAAAGAAACUUUCAAUAAAUUCGAUCGCUCAUGUUUGGGUGCCCUUAAUAACUGCACAAACUUACGAAACGGCUUUGCGAAACGGUGAUCUUUUGGAAAUGCGAAAAAUUGAAGCAAAUAGCAAUGGUACAGUCAAUGCAAUUAUCAAUUUUUCGUUACGGACAUUUUGUGACGACGCAGAUUUUCAGAAUUUUCCAGACGAUGUAUAUCGUUGUUGUUUUCAGCUAGAACCACAUAUUAACCAGAAUGUGGAAUUUACCACUAAUGGGAGGCCGAUAUUUACUGAUCCGAGAUAUUUUCGCGAUUACGGUUGGCUAUUAUCGGGAACUGUGCCAGUUAUCCAGAACUACGCUACCAGUAUAACGCAACUCGUUUUCUGCAUGAAUCUUCAACGAUCAACAAAUUCCGUUCGAAUUGAAUUAACAUUACCAACAACCAUUACCUCUCUUCUAUUUCUUAUCACGCCACUGUUUGGCAAAAUUCAACUUCAAAUAUUUACAAAGCUAUUCGUUUUGUUUUUGCAAUUUUUGGCUCUACAACUAUUUUCAAAUCGUAUUGCACCACAUUUGGGUUCAGCGGCUGCUACACCGAAACUCUUGAAAUUUCACGAAUAUGCCAUGAUGAUCAACACAAUGAGUAUAUUAAUCUCAGUAAUACUUUGGAUGCUAGCGAGAAUUCGGCGAAGGCUACCGCCAUGGGCAUGGCUCAUUCAAUUAUCACAAAUAGUAAAUGGAUUGCUUUGUGCUUUUAAUAGCAGCGAAUUAGCGAUCACUGAACUGCCAUUAGAAAAAGUCGAAACUACAUCAUCAUAUCAGUCUGACUGGGCAAAUGCAUUUAAUGCUAUUCAUAGUGUGGCCGUUGGUACUAUAUCCAUUGUUUUUAUUCUCGGAUAUAUCAUUAUUUUAUAG